UUCGCUUCGUUUCGCGUGAAUAGUCACAAACAAAAUGGCUUGUAUAAAAACCAUUGCUUUAGUUGUAAUUUUGUCCUUCAUCCAAAUAGCUUCAGCAGAAUCAACAACAUCAAGCACUAUUCGGCAAGAUGCCGCCCUGACUAAGCCAACGGACGGAGUCGGUUACGAAGUUCUACUCACCAAACUAGACUACCUGGAGUACAAAUUUAUGGAGCUGGAAUACGAUAUAAAGGAACAAAAUGAUGUGAUGGCGCGGAAUCAAGCUCGGCUGGAGAAAACCAACGAAGGCAUGAUGUGGAUGAUGACCAGAUUGGAGGAAGCCGUUGGUCGCAAUUUUACCUCGGUGAUUGGUCAAUCGUGGCAGAUUUUACAGCAGCAGAAGAGUUGCACCAACCACGAGAAUCUGCGGAAAGCUAUCUUCAAUCUGAAACCAAUCAAGGGUCCAUCCGACAACGUCCGAAUGCUGUUCGAUUUGCAUCAGUUCAAAACUCGGGGUCCGUACGAUUCGUGUAAGACGGAACCGAGUAAAACUUCCGGAAAAUAUCUGCUGCAACCUUUCCCGGAGGAGGAACCAUUCGUAGGUUACUGCGAACAAACCAAGUUCGGAGGCGGCUGGCUGGUGAUUCAACAUCGGUACGAUGGAUCGGUGGAGUUUUAUCGCAACUGGACCGACUAUCGGGAGGGAUUCGGAGAAGCUGAUAAGGAGUUCUGGAUUGGACUGGAACUGUUGCAUAAGAUAACCGCUUCGAAAACGUAUCAGUUGCUGGUUGAGUUGGAAGAUUAUAAUGGAGACUACAAGUAUGCAAAAUAUUCAGACUUUGAGAUUGGCAACCAGGAGGAGAAGUAUUCGUUGAAGAAGGUAGGAACUUAUACUGGAACUGCCGGGGAUUCGCUCACGUACCACAAGGGCAUGAAGUUCACUACUAUGGACAGUGAUAAUGAUGCGAAUGCUGCGAAUUGCGCGGAAUCUAACUCCGGUGCUUGGUGGUACAACAAUUGUCAUCACAGUAAUCUUAACGGGAAGUUCAUAAAUGCAAAUGACGUGAGAUCUGUCACAUGGUAUCACUUCAAGAGCGCUCACUACGGACUGAAAUACACUCGCAUGAUGAUUCGGGAGGUGUAACAAGGAGCUUGCAAACUGUCAUCAAUACUCGCAUGCUACAUUCAAAACCAAAGGUCGAAUUGCAAACCAAUCCGCAUUUUAAAUUGUCAAAAAUCUUAUUCAAACGAAUACACAUUUGUGUCUUGCCAAAAUCGGUGAAUUGCUCGUCUAGAGCCACUGGCUGGUGGUUGAAAAUAUUCAAUAAAUCAAUUACCACUA